AAAUAUAGAAACAGGAAGUUUAUAUAGUAAAAGGAUAAAAUGAAAUUCCACGCCACAAAGACGAAGGAUAAACUUUUUAUUAUUUUCAAGUAUUUUACCUCCAUUGUCUGUUAUUACUUGACGGAAGGUCAACAGUUACCUGCCUAUAUUACUGAGAAUAGUCCAGGAUGUAUCAACACCUCUGUUACCUCUUGGAAUAUACCGGAAGAUUUCGUUGUACACCUUAAGAAGGAAACUAUUGUUAUCUGUACGUUGGCUGGUAUACCUGGUGGAGACCCAUUCAUUGGCAUCAAUUUAGAUUACAGAGACAGAAUCUCCUGUGGAAUAGAUGUUAACCAGAAACAGACCUUUAUCUGCUUCAUUAAUGCAGUCAACAUCUCAGAUGCUGGCGUAUACUCAGCCGAACUAACAGUAUCCUCUACUGUUUUUAACAACACACUUUAUGUCAUGAGGCCUCCAACAAAGCCAGUGAUAAGUCUACAGGGAGAUCUGAUUAACCAGAGGUCUCACAAUCUGACUUGUUCUGCUGUCUCUACAUCAGUACCAGUGACUGGACUACUGAUGACGUAUUCAUGGACAGAUGAUGGUGCUGCUAUCACAGACCCUAGGUUUACCCUAUCUGGACAAGGGAACAAUGUGCUGAUGAUAAAUAGAGUCAGAAAAGAAGACAAAGGGAAGACAAUCCAGUGUAGAGCAACAGAGGACAAAGGAAUAUCUUCUGUUACAAGUGAUCAAACAAUACUUGACGUACUCUAUACGCCAGAAGUAAGCACCAGUACACCAAGUCCAUACAAGGUUGUAGAAGGUCAGACAGCUACAUUGGCAUGUAGUGUGACUGCUGCCAACCCUAACACAGACAUCAGAUGGAGCUGGAUCAAGACAGACAGUCCCAGUUCUGUCCUCCAUACAGGUCCCAACUACACCAUCUCUAACAUACAGAGAAAUCAGUCAGGGAACUAUAACUGUAGAGCUACCAACUCAAUAGGAAUGUCUAUUCCAGCUACAAUUCACGUGGAUGUACAGUAUAAGCCAGAAGUGAGCACCUUAACAUCAAGUCCAUACAGGGUUGUCGAAGGUCAGACAGCUACAUUGACAUGUAGUGUGACUGCUGCCAACCCUAACACAGACAUCAGAUGGAGCUGGAUCAAGACAGACAGUCCCAGUUCUGUCCUCAAUACAGGUCCCAACUACACCAUCUCUAACAUACAGAGAAAUCAGUCAGGGAACUAUAACUGUAGAGCUACCAACUCAAUAGGAAUGUCUUCUCCAGCUACAAUUCAGGUGGAUGUACAGUAUGGCCCGGCAUCAGUAAUAUUUUCCCCAGACAUCAUAAUCAUCAAUAAAACAGAAAACCAAACAGUGACUCCAGUUUAUUGUUCCGCUGUCUGUAACCCUAACUGUACAUACCUGUGGACAGGUGUGACGACUGUGAAAUCGGGAGUUCUAGACGUAAAAGUACUGAAGCGGACAAUGAGGGGGGAUUACACAUGUACAGCUAGCAACACCAUCAGGUCAACUUCAAGAACCAUCAGUGUUUAUAUCAACUAUCCUCCAACAACAGAGGUAUUCCAAGCCAGUGGUAACAAGAUUUAUGAAGAAUCCUCACCAUUCAAUAUCACUUGUGAAGUUGACAGCUAUCCUUUUUCUGACAUAAACAUUCUGAACAUAGAUACAGGAGAAGUAAAGGCAUCAGGUGGACCUUUAGAAUCCCUGACAUACAGCGAGUCGUCUGCUAAGUGUUAUCACGCUGCAAGUUAUACCUGUAACAGUAAAAACUCCUAUGGAUCUACUUCUUCAGCUGUACAACGAAUAUUCAUCUUCUGUAGACCAAGACCCUUUGAUGGACAGUCAAAUAUCAAUACCGGAAUAAAGACAAAUGAAGGACUCAAUAUAUCAGCCACGUUCAUAGCGUACCCUCCCCCGGUGUUAUCAUGGAAAUUUAGAAAAAGUUUAACUGAUGUAAAUAAAACACUGUCUAGUGAAUUCCAGAUAUCUUCAGUAACUUUGAAUGUUUCAACAGUCCAGACAGUUUUAACCAAAGAGACGCUAAACCAAGAAGAGUUUGGAUACUACACAUGCAGUCACAGCGACUAACACUGCAAAACCCUCUCAAAUUUCCAUCAUCACUUACCAUGUCAUUCCAGAGAGAAAACCAAACCCUCCAUACAAUAUAUCCAUUAAUUGUGAAGUUUCUCGAGGAACUGCAAUAGUAAACUGGACACCAGGUUUUGAUGGAGGAGCAGAACAAACAUUCAUUGUGUCAUACAGAACCAGUGAUGGCGAU